AUGGCGCCGACAGCCACGCAGCCGGCAUCUCCCGGAUCGCCUUCUCUCAAACAAGCGAAUGCCGUCACGCCAAAGGAUGACGGUCGAUCACGGAGCGGGUCGCCAUCACUGACGCCGCUGCCAGUGACGCCACCCGAGGCUGACGAGCGAGCGUCGACGUCCAAACGCACGCUGGAAGAAGAGGAGGAUCUCGAAGCAGCACGUUUGUUCCCACACCACGCGUAUCCUCCACCGUACAAGAAGCGAGUAUGGGUGCCGACUCUGCACCUCACGCAGGCGCCGCAACCACCGCAGCCCGAUCCGCGCACAGUGCAGGAGAUGGCGGCACAGCAAGCGGCCACUGCGCUUGGGUACGAGGGACGUCGCAUCAAAAAGUUCAUGCAGCGCAGAACCGUCGAUUACUUCGGUGCGCUUCCUCGUCUGGGUCUCCGACGCGCGCUUGCCUCUACCACUCGUGUCGAUGGACUGCACGGACUGGUGUAUCCAUCCCCGCACGCCAUCCCGAACUUUCUACUGCCGGCAGGGUACGACAACUUGGCAACGAGCGUGCCAAGCGUGAUGGUGCAUACGAGCACCAACAAGAUCCGAUGCCCCGUCAACGUGGUCAAGUGGAUGCCCGACGGAAGACGUCUACUGACAGGAAGCACGUCGGGAGAAUUUACGCUUUGGAACGGUCUCACGUUCAAUUUCGAGACGAUCAUGCAGGCGCACGACUCGGCAGUGCGCGCAAUGGCGUGGAACAAGGCCGGCACCUACCUCAUCUCGGCCGACCAGAACGGUACGGUCAAGUACUUCCAGUCGAACCUCAACAAUCUCCAGGCGUUUACUGCGCAUGCGGAUUCGGCCAGGGGUUUGGCAUGGUCACCGGACGACAGCAAAUUCGCCUCGGGCGGAGACGAUAGCUUGCUCAAGGUGUGGGACUUUGAUUCUGCCAAGCAGAUUCGCGAGCUCACGGGACACGGUUGGGACGUCAAGUGUCUCGACUGGCAUGCGUCCAAGGGCAUGCUCAUCAGUGGGUCCAAGGAUAACCUCGUCAAGGUGUGGGAUCCGCGUGCCAAUCCUACGGGAACAUGUCUGGCAACCUUCCACAACCACAAGAAUACGGUGCAGGCAUGCAAGUUCAGUCCGGACGGGCUGAGGUUCGCCACGGCCAGCAGGGAUAUGACGGUGAAGCUGUAUGAUCUGCGCAUGAUGGCCGAACAGACCACGCUCAAGGGUCACACCAAGGAGGUGUGUAGUCUCGACUUCCAUCCGACGCAUCACGAUCUUCUCGUGUCUGGUGGAAGCGAAGGCUCGAUGUUGUUCUGGGACCUUACCGCGGCUACCAACGAGGCUCUUUCGGAGAGCAACUUUGUGGAACGAUCCAUGAUGGGUGGAGGUGGUGAGGGGAUGGAUGUCAGCGAGGGCAGGAGGAUGGACGAAGCGCUGUUGUGGGCCAACCAUACGGCGCACGAGAGCAACGUGUGGAGUUUGGAAUGGCAUCCCUUUGGACACAUCCUGUGUUCCGGUAGCAACGAUCACAUGACUCGAUUCUGGCAACGCGCAAGACCUUCGGCCGUAACCCAGUCGCAUGCUACCAGCACCCAGGACAUCCCCGUCUCGUCGUUCGUCGACAAUCCAGACGACAGCUUCAUCCCCGGCCUCGCCGCUGCCAACCGCUCCUUCAUCCCCACCAACUCAGCUUCCAAGGAAGACGAAUACGCCAUCCCAGGCUUAGGCUUGCCCAGAGCCCCACCACCCCCACCGCCAGCGCAGCAGUACCAUGCCCAACAGCCGUACCAACCCCAAGGCUUCACCCCGGGAACAGGCGCAAACGCUCCUCUCCCAGGAACCGGCCCCCAAUUCGGUUGGUCCGCCCGUGGCCCACCCCCUCCAACCCAGCAGCAACCAGGCGGAACCUACGGCGCCUUCUACUGA